UUCAAGAUAUAAAAGCAACUUCGGGUGCCCCCUCUGCAGCCGGGACGCAUUAGAGGGCUCGGAGCGGGGCAGCUCCCGGCGCCGCAGCGCUCGCGUCCCUACCCUCCUCCCGGGCCCUCCCUCCUCCCGCCCACUCGCUCCCUCCCCCAGCGCCGGGCUGAGGCUCCGCGCCCCGGGAGCUCCGCCGCAGCCUCUGCAGGAUUAUGGAGUUUCUGAGCGAGAAGUUCGCCCUGAAGAGCCCGCCGAGUAAGAACAGCGACUUCUACAUGGGCGCAGGAGGCGCGUUGGAGCACGUUAUGGAGACGCUGGACAAUGAGCCCUUUUACAGCAAAGCGUCGGCAGGCAAAUGCGUGCAGGCCUUCGGGCCGCUGCCCAGAGCCGAGCAUCACGUGCGUCUCGAGAGGACCUCGCCCUGUCAGGACAGCGGCGUGAACUACGGAAUCACUAAGGUGGAAGGACAGCCGCUUCACACGGAACUGAACAGAGCUAUGGACAACUGCAGCAGUCUCCGAAUGUCUCCUGGGAAAGGGAUGCCGGAAAAGGGAGAACUGGAUGAACUCGGAGACAAAUGUGACAGCAACGUGUCCAGCAGUAAGAAGCGGAGACAUCGAACCACCUUCACCAGCCUGCAGCUGGAGGAGCUGGAGAAAGUCUUUCAGAAGACCCAUUACCCGGAUGUUUACGUCAGGGAGCAGCUGGCUCUGAGGACGGAGCUCACUGAGGCCAGAGUCCAGGUUUGGUUUCAAAAUCGAAGAGCAAAGUGGAGAAAAAGGGAACGUUAUGGCCAAAUACAACAAGCUAAAAGCCAUUUUGCUGCCACCUAUGACAUAUCAGUUUUGCCAAGGACUGACAGCUACCCACAGAUUCAGAACAAUUUGUGGGCAGGAAAUGCAAGUGGUGGUUCUGUGGUGACAUCAUGCAUGUUGCCACGUGACACUUCCUCCUGUAUGACACCUUAUUCUCACUCGCCUCGGACAGAUUCCAGUUACACAGGCUUUUCAAACCACCAGAAUCAGUUCAGCCACGUGCCCCUCAACAACUUUUUCACUGACUCUCUUCUUACGGGGGCUACCAAUGGACAUGCAUUUGAGACAAAGCCAGAGUUUGAAAGAAGGUCUUCCAGUAUCGCAGUUCUUCGAAUGAAAGCCAAGGAGCACACUGCCAAUAUUUCAUGGGCCAUGUAACAUACAGUACUCUUUUAUUUUUCUUUUAAUAGCAAAGUAAAACAUUCUUAUUUCUCGUAUUUAAAGGAUACCACAAUAAGCUGCUGUGUGUGGAAUUGCUAAAGGUCAAGAUAUACAGUGAGACCAGCUUAAAUGAAUAGUUGUUAUUAUUUAACAUUAAAAUCUAAGAAUGAACCUCUGAAAAGGCUAAAUAGGUUUACCAUGCACCAGUCUCCACAAACUCUGUUUUAGUAGUAUGAUUUUUUUUCUAUUGUACAAGUCAAUGAAAUAUGAUCAUGCAACUUCUUAAAAGAAUAAAUGUAUUAAACAAAUUCCUCUGUUAUAGAUUGAUUUAUGGUAGUUCUGUAUAACAAGAAAUCCCUUGUAAAAUAAUACCUGAUAAAGGAGGAAAUGCACUGGGAAAAAAUGUCAAGAUACCAAAGCUGUCAGGUAAAUAUUGAACCAGGGUGUUUUGGGGAGUUAACUGCCAUUUCUCUCUCUCUGGCUCCAAGAAGCAAUGGGCAUAUCCCCUGUUGCUGAGAAUUUAUCUUCAGGCCUCAAAGAUUUUUUUUUUUUUAACCUCUAGAUGUUUUAGUGAAUUUCCAGUCUGUGAAGAAAGAACUCUUCUAAAAUAACCUGCUUUGGCAUAAAAUAUUUGGGCAUAGUUUCCUGAAACCAUGUGGCUAAAGGUGAUAACUGAAAUAUUCCGGCAUGAUUUAAAAGAUCAUCAUGAAAACAGUUUUUAUAAAUGCUGUCUUUUUAAUGAAAAGGCCUGUGUGGACUCAAUGACUUAAUUGUCACAAACAAGAAAAAAAAUACAAAGUGCCCUGUUACUUUUAACCAAAAUAGCGUCAAUUAAACUGUACACACAAACAUCUAGUAACUGUACUAAAAGAAGCAUUUUUCAGUUCAAGGAGCAGUGAAUGGGGAUUCCUAUUUAUUUCAUGGGUAUGCGCAUGCUCACAAGCAUUUGUGUUUGUUUCUUGACACAUCAUGCCUUAAGCAGUUGUUGCUUCUGUGGUUUUGCAUAAAGAAUUAAGAUGUCAGAAAGCUCUCUCAAACUUCUGGUGGAAGAGAAGAAAAAUACAUUGCAUCUGGAAAAUUGCUAACCCCUGUGAUUUACUUCUCCUCCCUUUCCCCUGUCACAUUCCAAGCUUUUUCAGAUGAGUGAAAUGUCAACCUCCUUGAAAGACUCUUAAGUUCAUAAAGGCAAAGUAAAUUAAUUGAAAUGAAGAUGACUUCCAUGGCUCGGAUCAGAGCAGGAUUUGCUCUUUGUAGUCUCUUAUUAUAUUCUUGUGGUUCGUGUAGACUUUAAGGAUAUGCUUGCAAACCCUAAUGGCAAAAGGACAACAAUAAAUGAAUAUUUAAAAUUAAAUUUCAGGAAAAGUACUACAUCCAGUUAAAUGUCUUUUCUUAGUGGGAAUAUAUUUAUAGCAAUUAGACAUCUUUUGUAAUAAAAUUUUAAGUCAAGCAGAUGAUGAAGCUGAGUGAUGUCCUAAACAAACAUUCCCUGACUUCGUAAUAACUUUGUUCUUUAUUGCUUGUGUGUUCUCUCUUUUUAGCUUUGUUCCCAAGAAAAACUUGUUCAAAUGUAGCCCUGAGAAUUAUGCUUGCGUGCAGGAGGAGCUUUUGUGAGAGGAUUGUUUAGGCAGCUGUUAAACAUCCUUCAUGUUUGAGAAGAGAAUGGCUGAUUUUUAAUAUACUCAUAUAUGUGGUUAAUAGGAAUUUGUGAACUAAAACUUAGUACUAAAAUGUAUGAUUUUAUUUUUAAUAAUUUCAUAAAUUAAUAGUGCUCAUUUUCAUUUUCUUCUGCCUUCUUAAUUUAAAUUUUAGUGCUCCUGGGCUCAUGUCUUGAUCUUUCAACUAAGAUACAAAACUUCUAAAGUUUGAAUUUCACUUGAUUCCUUGGUUUUCCCAUUCUUUCUCCUCAUUAAAUUUAAAGGUUAGUUGGAGCUUCUGAAAUUCAGUUUUCUUCAAGCCAAACAGUAUUUUUCUAAUUGAAUAUUUAUAUCUGCAAUUCUCUGUAAAAGUAUAAUUCAAUUAGCACAUUUUUUAACGCUUCCAGUGUGUGAAGUGCUAUUUGGGAUAAUAAAAUAAAUACUGGAACUAUG